AUGGACGAUCGUCCGGACAGAUGGGUUGUCAAGGUCCUGUCGGUCGGCUGUUUUGACGAUCAGUUCCGGAGGGCGGUUCUCGCCGCUCCGUUGGCAAGCUUAGACUUUGUCUACUCGGUCGAGGCGGAGUCCGAGGGUCAGUUUGCUGCCUCCAUCAUUGCGUGGGCUCCCGCGAUUGACAAGGAUGCCCUCGCGGUUUUCAGCCAGCGCGCCCUGAUGCUCGAGCAAUUUUGGCUUCUGGCAAAGGCGGCAGAGAUGCUCUUCACAGAGUCUUUCACCAUGCAGCUCGGCUUUGGACAAUGCUCGAAAGUUCGCAAGCGAGCCCAUGCCGACGCCUUAGCUCUGCGCAGACAAGCCGCCAUGAAGUCGCUGCUCGCGAUGCCGAAGUCGGUGCCAAAACCGAAGCUGCCAACAUCGGCAACAAAUAGUUCCACACCAUUGCUCGACGCAGAAGCUGCUGAAAAGCAGAGGUGGGCCGCUCGGUUGGAGGCAGUGGCCGGUCGAGCCGGAGACCAUGCAGAGCUCAACAAGCAUGAGGCAGGUGACGAGACGCUCACCGGCCCGGAAAGAGAAAGGAUCAAGAACCUGGUUCUUAGUUCCGGGGCUCCAAAGACAAUGGCGGUUCACGUCAGAAGGUGGGAGAAGCUUGAGAGGUGGUGUUCAGCCAACUCAGUGACUCUCUACCCGCUUACGAUCGAUGCCGUGGUCAAUCGCGUUGUUCCUCGGGCCCACUGUCAUCCCGUCGUUGCGGUCGGCUCUGAAACGGACGUCUUCCAGAAGCGUGCCAAGAUGAUCAAGGAGGCGAUCGCCAUGCCCUUCGAGGUCGUGCAGGCGAUGGAGAACCGCUCGAAUCUUCACUUGGUGGUUGCUCUGCUGGUCUUUGCUUCGCUCAGGUUCGACGAUGCCAUCCAUGUCAAGCCGCUCGAGCUCGAGAUGAGGCCGGACGUUGGGCUGCUCGGCGUCGCAUGGCAGACAAAGGUUGAAAGAAAGCGAAGAGGGACAAAGUUCAUCGUCCCCAACGUCGGCUUUACGGACGGCCAAUGGCUCUGGGUUGGCUGGGAGCUGUUCGACGUUGCGAAUGUGCCCGAAAGAGAUUUUUGGGUGCCCGACCUCAAUACGGUCGAAGUGUUCAACAGCUUCCCGCCAGACUACAACCGCUCGGUGCUCUGGUUUCGAUGGUUGGCGCGCGAUGCCUUCACCAAGUAUGGCACGAUCGCGCCGCCCAAAGAGACUUCCGACAAGAUCAAGACCUUCACCAUGCACUCUCCUCGGGUGACUAUGCUCGACGCUGCUGUGCACCAAGGUCGAACGCCCCAGGAGAUCGGUUUGCAAGCAAACUGGAAAGAUCCAGGGCCCAUGGUCCUCAAGUACACCCGCGAUCGCUCCACAAUACCGGCUGACGACUUAGUGGACGAAGGGGACGACGAUCUGCUCCCCAUCGCAGAGAGUUUUCCUCAAGAUACCAGACGGCUCGGCAUCCAGCACGAGUGCAAGUACCAUUGCUCGUCCAAGGCAGACUACCAGGUCGUGGCGUGCGCUUGGUUGUCGGCCGAGGAGUGUGUGCGUGUAGGACACUUGUUGCCGGAUCCUGGCGCUGUGCCUGAUCUGGCAGUUCGUCAGAUUUUUGGCAGGCAGAAGCUUCCAGACAAUUUGUGCUUGCUCAUGGCCGACUCCUCCUUGCUCUCGAUCGAGAGGAUCGCGAUGUUGGGGGACACCAUCUCCCAAGCCAAGACCACGCUCAAGGCCAUUGUCAAUAAUGAUGCGAAGUUCGGAGCCGACAACGCCGCUCGCGAGCUGUCUUUGAGUCUGCUGGCGGCCGUCUGGAAAGCAUCAGCAGCUCUUCAAGACCAUACGGCCGCUCGGCGAGCCAAAAUGGAAGAAGAUCCAACUAAGAUCCCGGAGAUCCCAGGUGAAGAUCACGCUGAAUUCCGUGAGACUUUCGUCUCCGCUCAUCCAGACGUCAUCCUCACCUACAUGAGAGAGCCCCGCCGCAAGUUCGUGGAGCGAAUCUACCGGGACUAUAUGAUGCACGGCUCCAUCAGCUACUACGAGGUGGCCGAGAUGCGCACGCGCAGCGAUCGCCUGGUCCAGACCACGGGCUUGCUCAAGGUGGUUCAGCGUGACAAUAAGGCUGCGAUCGCGGCGGAGUCAGACGUCUUGGAUCGUUUGCACGCGUUCUUCGUGGCGCUUGAGUAUCUGAACAUUUGCGACUUCAACACCUUUGCCGCGGGCCCUCUGCGGUACCUCUCAGAGCUCGAGGAAUGGAGGCAUGAAAACAGGGGCCUGUCACUUCUGCUCUCCGUUGACAACCUGAUCAGAAAGCAGGCGGUGAAGCUCAGUAGUGACAAGCGCAAGUUCUUCCCCACCUUCUCCGAUGCGCUGCUUGAGGUCCUCAAAAAUCACAAGCAGCUCUGGAACGAUGCGCGCUCUUCAGCUGAAGUGGAGAAGUUCCAGCAAGCUCAGGCCAGUGCUCCGCAAACGCCAGCAAAGAGAGGGCGUUCGCCAGAUGCUUCCACACCUCCUCCACCGAACAGGCCGCCGGGCAGUCGCGCUCGCAAGAACAAGCUGCGCCGAGAGCGCCAGAAGGAGAUGGUCAAGAAGUACAAAGAAGGCUCCAAAGGCGGGCUCGACGACAAGCCGGCGGAUAAGAACACCAAAGUCCCGGACAAAGAAUGGAAGACAAUCACUUCGUUCAAGUACAAUGGACGGCGCAGAUGCCCCUUUUACAAUUGCUCGCUUGGGUGCCGCUUCGGCGACCAGUGCAAGAAUUUGCACACCUGCGUUCAGUGCGGCCUGGAAGCCGCUGCAACGAAUAAUCAGCGCUCAAGCAAUGUGAAAGUUGCAGUGCAUCCAGUCAGCCUUUCUGAGAGCUCUCCUUGGGCCUCGUGGGACGAGAUCCCCAAAGAUGCUGCGCUCGUGGCCUCAAAAGGGCCGUUCUUUCUUGAGAUCUUUGCGGGCACGGGGGGCGUCGCCGCUGCCAUGAAGCAACUUGGAGUUCCGUGCCUCCCACCUAUCGACAUUGUGGCCGAAGGCGAAGUCAGCUCUGCUCGAGAUGUUCAAGAUGAGGAGUUUUGGGCCUUUAUCAAAGAGCUGAUACACCGCGGCUCCGUGCGCUUCCUUCACUUGGGGACUCCGUGCUCUACCUUCAGUAUGGCUAGAGCUGUCAAGAUGAAGAAUGGGCCGCGCCCUUUGAGAUCGCUCGAGCAUCCGCUCGGAUUGCCAUCUCUCGCACCAGCUGAAAAGCAGCAGGCUCUACUGGGCAACAUGUUUCUGGACAAGUCCGUGGAGGCAGCGCUCGCCGUCCUGGCCGAGGGCGGUGACUUCUCUCUCGAGAAUCCCGAGAAAAGCCUUCUCUGGAACAUGCCGUCCAUCCAGUUUCACAAGAUCAUGUAUCCAACUUUCGUUGCCCUUUUGCAGGCCCUAAGCGCUCGCUGCAAAGGUGGGCACAAGCACGUCCCGCUCAAGGGCAAGGUCUGGAACAAGAAGGAUCGAAAGUGGGUCUUUCGCACCAAGGCAGCUCAGGUCUACCCCAAGCCGCUGUGCGAGGCGAUCGCGCAGCAGGUCUCCAGUGCUUUCUUUGAGGAUUGCCCGCAGUUUGCUCAGUCCUUUCUUCUUCGAUCUGUGGACCGCAAACGUCCGCUCGGGACGAGCAAAGCUUGGAUCGAGCAUCGACAGAAUCGAUCAGCCAUGCUAGCUCAAGCAGCAGGCUAUCAGCUCAAGCGCGGUUCGGUCAAGCCCUUGCUGGACGUGGAGUGCGAGCCAGGUGAUGCUGUGCGCUGGGCUCUCAGCGUGCCCCGCCCUUUCUCCAUUCCGCUUAAGCUGCAGGAUAAGCUUCUGCGAUCGAUCGACCGAGUAUGCAAGGGGGUGCCAGAUGGUCAACCUGCCCAGCUCGGCGUCACUACGCGUAUCGAGCUCUACAAGGAAAUGCUCCAGGCGGCGCAGUGCCCCGACGGCUCCAUCGUCGAGGACAUGCUGCACGGCUUCCGCAUCGUUGGCAAGAUCAGGCCUUCCGGUCGUUGGCCGCCCUACGAGAAGGCUCAGGACGUUCGUUCUGUUCGCGAUGCUCUUGCUCGGGCCUGGGAAAUUCGCAGGAAGAUUGUUCGCCGAGUGGCCGCUGUUCAGCGGUCUGACAAUCUCAAAGUCAUCUGGGAAGCGACGCUCGAAGAUGCGCUUGAAGGUUCCUGCUUGGGCCCACUCGGCUCAGAACAGGAGGUCAGGGGCUGCGACAGCGCCACGACGAACAUGAUCAACAAGAUCACGGAGAUCUCCGAGAAGCUGCAGCUCCCCUCGACCGACUACAACGUGGCUGUGAUCAGAGAGCUUCGCUCGAGGCUGGCCAAGGGCUCCCGUCCCUCUCUCGAGGGUUGGGUCCUAGACGAGAAGAAGGCGUAUCGCCAGAUUCCCACUCAUCCUUCGCGCCGGAAGUUCAGCGUGAUAUGCCUCAAGGAGCCCGCCGAUGGCAAGGUCAAAUUCUUUGUCAUGGUAGGUCACUCGUUCGGACUGGUCUCCGCCGUCUACAAUUACAACCGCCGCUCGGCUGCCAUCAACGACAUCCUUGUGAACCUCUUCUUCUUGGUUGCCUUCAACUUCUACGACGACAAGUACGGCUUCGAGCCCAGUCAUUCCUGCGUGCUCGCACACGAUGUGGCGCAGAAAAUUCAUUGGUGGCUCGGAGCGGCUUUUGACGUGAAGAAGCUCCAGAGGUCCAAGAAGCCUGACGUGCUCGGAGUGACCUAUAACCUGGAAGAGUUCAAGCUCGAGAUCCAGCAAAAGAGGAGAGCGGAGCUCAAAGAAACGAUCGAGGACAUUCUUCAGAAAGAGUCUCUCGAUCCAGGUUCGGCGGGGAAGCUCAUGUUUGGCGCAUCUCAGCUCUGGGGAAAGGUCGGAAGGGCUUUUCUCAGGUCGCUUUCCGAGCGCCAAUACCUGAAGCACGCUCGUGAUGAUGGUUUUGCACUGAAUCCUGCUCUGCUGCUUUCGUUGUUCCAGUGGCUCAAGCUUGUCCAGGAUGGACCUCCACGUCCGAUCGAGGAGCAGAAGCUGAAGAAGAGCGACGCAGUCUUGUUCACGGACGGCUUCACUCCAGAUGCUCGCAAGAACGGGAAAGGAUUGGACCGAAUCGGAGGCGUCGUCUUCGAUCGACAACAGAGCAAACCGUACCAGUUCACGGCGGCGGUCCCCGAGAGAGUCAAGAAGUUCUGGCUAGUGAGAAAGACUCAGAUCGUGCCGAUUGAAAUGCUUGCACCGAUUGUGGCGGUGGAGGGAGCCUUGAUCAAAGGCUAUUCGGCACGUGAGGAUCUCUCUGAGCUGGUUUCAGUGUUUUGGGAUCUUGCUCUGGAGUUGCGUGUGAACGUGUACAUUGAUCGUGUGUCCACAGACGCAUACCCGGCUGAUUGGGCCUGGGACGGAAGCUUUGACGCUGACACCAUCCGUGCUCCUUCAGUGUCGUAUCCGUUCGGUUGCUGGAUGCUCUUCAACGGUGCCAUGAUGGUCGUGAUUCGGCGCUCCAACACCGUGGCCAAGCGAGAGAUUGAGGAGCGACAAGGCCGCCGGACGUCAGUGCAUGGACCAGGCUUUGACGAGCAAGCUGUGAAAAUGGUGCAGCAGCCACGAAUGCCGACGCUGCCAGCGGAACCCCAGGCUGUGCUGCUCGAGAUCGGCAUGCAGCACAUCUUUGCCAUCAAUCCAGCGGCUGCCAACUUUGUUUGUGUCUUCGAGGUCCGCAUGGCCUGGCUGGAGCCAAAAGCCAAGACUCUGGAUCGCGGCACGAUUCUGGAUGCCAAGAAGUGCCAGGAGCUCGGCCAACCGAAGCUGACGGUGCAAAAUGCUCAGAGUGUGGCCACCACCUUCUUAUCUGGGUGCGUGGUUGAUGGUGAUACUGGACACGUCGCUUGCUGCCUGAAGAUCAAAGCUCAAGUGCUGAUGAUGUUCAACCUCUCGCAUUUUCCGUGGGACGAGCAAUCACUGUACGCAGUCCUGAUGCUUCCAAGCCACUCAGAUCGCGGGCGUCACCUCGUCAUGAAUGACUUGAAGUCCAACCCAGACAAGACGGUCAAGACUGGCGAGUGGGCCGAGAUCGGCAUCUUCGGCACCUCAUAUCGCAUCACAGGCAUUUCGAAGGCUAUCUUUGGUCUUGAAAUCCAGCGGUUCUCCCGAUACUACGUCACCAGCCUCUUCUCCAUGUGCCUGUGGUCGACCUUCAUUCUCUUCGUGUACGCGCUGGAAGUGAAUGACUUCAAGGAGCGAGGGAAGGUCAUGGUUGGCGUGCUGGUCGUGCAGAACGUUGCGAAGGUGGCGGUCUCUAGCAAAAUGCCCCGAGUGGUCUGCAUUACAGCCUACGACAGCGUGGCGCUGAAUAGUCUUGGCCUCCUGUUCAGCAUAGGCCUCUUCACAGCAUUCCUUGAUGCCUGGCAGCACAACUGA